GCGCGCGUGCGCCUGUGUGCCUAUCAGAAGACCCCUGCUCACCGUGCGCGCUCAACGAGGCAGAGGGGUCCUGCAUACGGCAAGUCAGCUGUCACCAUGAUCGACCUUAUAUGGGGAGGAUCUUAAUACGAGGCGGCAUAAAUCUUGCUACAAGAUGACAUUUCACAUCCUCCUCUGGAUCGAUGCGCAGCCCGUUAUCUGAACGGCCGAAGAGGUUGGACCAGACGCACGCACGCAGCUGUUAUGUGUGUGAGGCUGUUGAAUUGAGAAGCUUUCGUGGUGAAAUAAUAAGACCGAGAUCCCGUGUGGUGGAAUAACUAAUUCUGAACAGGAUGAAGCGUAGGAAGAUCAUGGUAGCUGCUGGAUUCUGUCUAUCCUUUUUCCUUGGAACGCUGAUGAAUUUAUUAUUCAUACCAGGAUUUGAGCACCAUCAAAACCACGGCGACAGACAGCGCGCUAACUACCACCACAGACAACCCAAGCGCAUUGCGGACAACGCACAGCUUCAUGUCGGGGAACCUCUCACAGUGCCGGCCGCCGAAGUGAACAGCCGCCACGCCACCAGUAGCUGGAGGGAGCAGCGCGAGCUCCAGAUGCAGAUACGGGAGCGACUGGAAGAGGUUCUCCGGUACCGCCAGCGGCAAGCCCAGUGGUCAGACACCGGAGACGACGCCUUUCGCCCGCUCGAAAGAAGACGACUCAUGGACCUGGAGCCGGCGGUCUACUACGAACUCGACAAAGGCAACGAUAGACUCGACACCCGCCGCACCGAGGCUCAAACAAAGCUAUCCCGUGCUGUACCAAAUACUGCAAAAACACAACAUGUAUUCUGGAUGAAAUCGGACAGGUUCAAAAGCGGGCAGAUGCUGGGGUGUCACAGUAUUGAUAACGUGACGAACAUCCAAUAUCUCGGUUCGGGAUACACCAAGGCGGUCUACAAAGCGACCAUCAACAGCAGUUUGUCGGUAGCUCUCAAGUCGGUGGAUUUUGGGGGUCAUGAUAUGGAGAACUGCAUGAAAAAAUAUGGAUCAGCCGAGAAUUGCUAUCGAUUGGCGUCUUUUAAAAUUGUCAAGGAGAUGACGCUGAUGGAGCAACUGCAACAUCCAAACAUACUGCAGCUGUAUGGAUACUGUUACCAGGAUAGCAAUGACAUCAGGGGCACGGUGACGGCCAUCACGGAGCUGGGGAGUCCGCUGGAGAUGAUCCAACUGCUGCAGACGCCCUGGGAGGAGCGCUUCAGGAUCUGCCUGAGCCUGGUCCGCCUGCUGCACUACCUGGCCCACUCCCCUCUGGGGCCCGUCACCCUGCUGGACUUCCGGCCGCGCCAGUUCGUGCUGGUGGGCGGCGAGCUGAAGGUGACGGACCUGGACGACGCCAGCGUGGAGGAGACGCCCUGUGGCGCCGGGCCCUCGGACUGCCUCAUCGAGUUCCCCGCCCGCAACUUCACCCUGCCCUGCGUCAGGGGCCGCUGCCAGGGCAUCAACGAGAAGAGGAACCUCUACAACGCCUACAGGUUCUUCUUCACAUACCUGCUCCCCCAUAGCGCCCCACCUUCUCUGAGACCCUUGCUGGAUAAGAUUGUCAACUCAACUGGAGAGUUGAUCUGGGGUAUUGACGAGACUCAGGCUCAUCUUGAGAAGGUGCUGCAUCUCUACAAGAACGGACUAUACUUGCAGAACACCUCUCAGACACACACAUCUGAGUAUAAGCGGCUGGUGGAUACCUCCGUCCCCGGUGAGGACUACCGCUGCUGGCCCUCCUAUCAGCACGAUGGCUGCACGCUGUCCGUCUACUCCCUCCAGCAGGCCAUCAGUGUCUGUGAGAGCCACGGCCAGUGCCGAGCCUUCGUCAUGACAAAUCAGACUACAUGGACAGGUCAUCAGCUUGUCCAGUUUAAAACGGGCUCCAGCCAUCUUCGGCCCAGCAAAGGCAGCCUCACCUACGUGAGAGCAGGCAGCUGGAAGCAGACGGACAGGGAGACGAAUGACGAAAAGACCCGAUGAAAAGUUGGAAAAGAGACCAAUGAGCGACUGACUGGGAGACUGUAGCGAAGGGGAGUAGAGUUGCCCCUGCUGCUGGCACUCGAAUCCAGGCCUUCAGUGCUUGCACUGGCUGCGCCCAUGACCCUAAUGAUGGUCACUUCCAUCGUAGAGACAUGCGGAGACCUGUCAUAGCAUAUGGAGAAGACACUCUAAGUUCGUCCUCUUCUAUAAGUGGGCAGAAACAGGAGGCAGAAAUGCCUGAGAUCAACAGCCUGGCAUCGUUGACGUCAUUGUAGAAAGGAGGACCAGUGUUGAGUGGCCUGCGUCAGAGGUUGACCCUCUACUCGGCUGUGCUCCUCACAUGCAUGUCCAAUAUUGACUCAAGGCAUGGCUGCAUCCAAGCA